GCGAUUUUUCGAAUCUUGUAGUACUGAUAUAAAAAGACGCUUAUUGGAAUCAUGCUCUGCUUUUGAGAUUUUUAAAAUUAUUAUUAUUGUUGAAUGUGCAGGUUCAGAAAUGAAAGCAAUAUACGUACAAAAUACAUUUUUCUCAAAUUAGCCUACAAAUAAUAGCUUUCUUCAGAGUAAACAGAAAUUCCUGUAGAUUUUAUACAAUUAAGUUGCCAGUAAACUACUGUAAUGAUUACAGGCUGCAAUUAUAAAAUGACCUAGUACAACAUGUUAUUUUACAGCUCAAGAAAAGUCCCAUAAUAAUUCAUACCAUUACAUGGUUGAAAACAAUGGUGAGAAUCAGUUGAAAAUCAACCACACAUUUCUACAAGAAAAGGCUGAAAAUGACUAAAUUGUCCUAGAAUGUAUCUCAAUAUUACAGUGAUUUAUUGCACAUUUUUAAUGCAGGACCUUAAUGUGAAAUUUUAUUGUAAAAAUUAAAGUAGUUGCCUUAAAUGUGAUAGAUCUUUAUACACCUGUGUACAGUAUCAUAGUACAGUGUCCCUAAAACACAACACUGUACAUAUACACAUAACAACACAUUUGUUUAAACUUAACUUAUGCGAAAUGUCCACCAUACAAUUCCAUGUGAAAUUUGUUCACAUAAGCGCAUUACAAUUGCAUGUAGCACCUUCUGACCAAUCAGAUUUGAGAAUUGAGCACUGCUGUGGUAUAAAUGACACAUGAUACCCUCUUCUCUUUUCCUCUUUCAGUGUUCUCUUCAAUCUUCUACAGGCUUUCACUCGCAGAUAAAACUGUUGGAGUACAUAUCAUGUUCUAUUGAGAAUUCAUUUAAAUCCAGUACAGGGUACCAACGUUCUGCACAAAACUGUCCUAAACUCUGGAACAGUCUCCCUUUCCAGGACAUAAAGAAGCAGAAGAGAGAACAAGCCAUGUGCAUAUACUUUCUCGGGCAUUUCUUUCUAUCAUCGGGGUAUGAAAGCACCUUACAAAACCGUCUGAUCAUCUUCCUCACUACUGGUUUUUGUGCGGGUUUUCUAGCUCUGCUUUUGGCCCUCGGUGUUCUGUACCACCAUCAUAAGAGCAGAGGUCGAAUCUCCUUCAUCGCCAUCUUCCUUCUACUCAGUGACCUGCUGGAGCUGAUUCUGAGUCCAGUCCUUUUAACAUACAUUUUCAAUGGAAAUGCAGAUUGGAUACACACUGUUAUCACCCUGUUAUUUGCAGCUAGGUUCUGUGGGCAUGUGCUUCACCAGGUGGUGGCAUUAGAAAGCAUUGUUACUGUAAAAUUUCCAUCAGUUGCUGUUAUUUUCUCCAAUUCCUGCUCUAUUACCUUCUGCAUCUUUGUGUGGCUGCUAGCAAUUGGGUGCCAGUUCAUCCAAAACGCCAUUAUUUAUGCAAUAAGUAUGUGUUUAUUUGUGUUACCUGUAACUACAUGUGCAGCAUGUAUAGUAACAUUUAAAGCCCCUCUUGACACCACCCAAGCCACAGCCAGGAAACCAGGGGGUUUAGUGCUAAGUGUUGCCAUGUUUACUCUGAUCAUUUUAUAUGUGCCAUUUUUCUUGGAUUGUCUUUUAAUAACACCUUUUAUGUUGAACUGUCUAGUAAGUAUGAGACUGAUUUCAGAGCCCCUCCUGUGUAUUUUCAUCUGCAGGGAAAAUCGAAACUAAAUUGAAAACCAAACAAUUUUUCUGCAGCACAAUA